AUGUAUAUGAUAAGGUUGUAUGCGUGCUGCGCCACGCAUGUGUGUGUGACCAUGAAUAAAGAUCGCCAGUGCGUCUAUAGCAGUGUCGUGUUUCACUUGUCUGUCCCGUACUUAUCAGUGGCACCGAGGAUUAAAAACUACCCGCGUCUUCAGAAUAAAAAUGGCGAAUUUUAUUCUUGGACCAAUUUCUACAUUCGACCACCACGUGCAGGAUUGGGCUACUUUCAAAAGCAAGUUCGACCAGUGGCUGAUUGCCAAUGGUGUGGAAGAACAGACAGACAAGACGGGCGCGAAGCGUCGCGCCAUACUGCUCAGCGCACUCAGCGACAGCACGUACCAGUUGGCAAACAACCUCGUGCUUCCGAAAGACCUCGUCACAGCACCGUUCGAGGAUAUCGUCAAGGUAUUAGACGUGCAUUUCACGCCGAAGCGGUGCGGGUUUGCAGAACGCCACUACUUCUAUUCGGCAGCGCAGCAGGCGGGCGAGUCGCACGCGCAGUGGGCCGCGCGGCUCAGGGGACUCGCAGCACACUGCAACUUCAAGGAGUUGGAAGAGGCGUUGCGAGACAAGUUCGUGAUGGGGCUGCAGUCAGGACCGGAGAGGGAGAAGCUGUUCGCCAUGGAGAUCAGCGAGCUGACGCUGGCGAAGGCCGUGGACGUGGCGGAGAGCGUGCGGUGCGCGCGCGCGGCCGCCGCCAGCACGGCGCCCGGCGCCCGCGGCUCCUCCUCCGGGGACUCCGUGUUCAAGAUGCAGCAGCGGGAGCCGCGCGGCGCCGCCGGCCCCGGCAAGGAGCAGUGCACCGUGUGUGGGCGACGUAGCCAUAAGGCAAGCGAGUGCCGGUUCGCUUCAUUUAAGUGUACAAAGUGCAAGGCCAAAGGUCAUUUACGCCGGAUGUGCAAAUACGUAAACUUUGUAGGAACGGAGGAAACGUGCGAGGGCGAUGAUGAUGAUGAUGUGCUUACAGGCUAGACAUUAUGGAGGUAUUGUAAGAAAAGACUUAGUAGUAAAUGAUAAAGUUUUAUAUAAGGUGUAUUCAACCAAUCAAAAAUUUUGUUGGAAAAAAGGAACUAUAGUUAGAAAAAUUGGAAAUAUUUUGUUUAUAAUUAAAGACUCUGAGACCGGAAGUGAGGUGAAAAGACAUAAAAAUCAGAUCAUUAUAUUCAAAGGAAAUCCAGAGGGUCAUAACCAUGAGAUACUUGAAUUAGAGAAUGUCGGAAACAGGAGGGGAGAGGAAGGAAGCGGAGAGCAGCCUGAUGAGACAGUGGCCGCCACCCCCGAGUCACCGGCCAGCCCGGCCCGCGGCGACGAGACACCGGCCAGCCCGGCCCGCAGCGCCGAGACACCGCCGGCCAGCCCGGCCCGCAGCGCCGAGACUCCGCCGGCCAGCCCGGCCCGCAGCGCGCCCGCGCCCGGCCCGGCCACGAGCGCGCCGCCUGGCGACGCCGCGCAGCCCGACACUACACCCACUGACGACCAGCAGAGUUACACCCGGUCACACAACUCUCCGCAGUCUCACCAAACAAGAAUGAACCUUAGGGACAUUCCUAAAGUAAAUUAUAGGAGGUUUUUCUAGUUAGUUAGUUGUUCUCGUAUGUAAGUUAACUUGAAAGUAUUUACUAUACUUCCUGUAAUAUUGGUGGAGGGAUGAUAUGUAUAUGAUAAGGUUGUAUGCGUGCUGCGCCACGCAUGUGUGUGUGACCAUGAAUAAAGAUCGCCAGUGCGUCUAUAGCA